UCGUGUGGCUGCAGCGUAGAGUGGGCGUUUAAUCUGUCUUCCCGAGCUCAUACAUGACUUCACCAUUAACGUUACACAAGUUGUGAAAUUUCUAGUCACAGCCGGCUAAGGAAAAUGACGGAGAGCUCCGCCAACAAGCUGCUUAACGGAGACGCCUGUCACCGGACCUCAAAUGGCAAAAAAUCGAGCAAAAAUGGCUUCGUGAAGAACCACUGCCUGUUUCAACAGCCACAGAAGUAUCGCCGCCCCAGGGAGAGGAACCAAAAUGUCACACACAACUCCAGCCUGUACAAGAAGCCCUUCGUGGAGUCGUUUGAGGAGACUCCUCUCCUGGUGGCCGUGCUCACCUACAUGGGCUAUGGCAUCCUCACCAUCUUUGGCUACCUCCGAGACUUCCUCCGCCACUGGAACAUCGAGAAGUGCCACGUGGCUCGGGAGAGAGAGGAGCAGAAGGAUUUUGUCCCACUCUACCAGGACUUUGAGAACUUUUAUACCAGGAACUUAUAUAUGAGGAUCCGAGACAACUGGAACCGACCCAUCUGCAGCGUCCCUGGUGCCAAGAUGGACCUUGUGGAGAGAGUUUCCCACGACUACAAUUGGACCUUUGAGCACACGGGUAAAGUGGUGAAGGAUGUCAUUAAUAUGGGCUCAUACAACUACCUCGGCUUUGCUGAGAACAGUGGGGCUUGUGCUGAUGCUGCUCUUGAAGCCACACAAAAGUACGGCGUUGGAGUGGCCAGCACCCGCUGUGAGAUAGGGAACCUGGACAUCCACGAGGAGCUGGAACAGUUGGUUGCCAGGUUCCUGGGUGUUGAGUCAUCCAUGGCUUUUGGCAUGGGCUUUGCAACCAACUCCAUGAACAUUCCUGCUCUCACUGGGAAGGGUUGUCUUAUCCUGAGUGACGAGCUGAAUCAUGCAUCGCUGGUGCUGGGAGCCCGCCUGUCCGGGUCUACAAUUCGGGUCUUCAAACACAACAACAUGCAAAGUCUGGAGAAACUGCUGAGAGAUGCUAUUGUACAUGGGCAGCCGAGAACCCACCGACCCUGGAAAAAAAUCCUCAUUGUGGUGGAGGGCAUAUACAGUAUGGAGGGGUCCAUAGUGCGUCUGCCAGAGGUCAUCGCGCUGAAGAAGCGCUACAAGGCCUAUCUGUACCUUGAUGAGGCCCACAGUAUCGGGGCCCUGGGGCCUAAUGGUAGGGGAGUAGUGGACUACUUUGGCCUGGAUCCCAAAGAUGUGGACAUCAUGAUGGGAACAUUCACCAAGAGCUUCGGUGCUGCGGGGGGAUACAUUGGAGGCAAAAAGGAACUGAUUGACUAUCUGCGACGCCACUCUCACAGUGCACUGUAUGCCACCUCCAUGUCCCCUCCUGUGGCCCAGCAGAUAAUCACUUCUAUGAAGAUCAUCAUGGGAGAGGACGGGACCGCACUGGGUGCUGAUCGCCUCAGACAGCUAUCAGAGAACACUACCUACUUCCGCAGGAAACUCCGUGACAUGGGCUUCAUUAUCUAUGGCAACGACGACUCGCCUGUUGUACCAAUGAUGCUCUACAUGCCUGCCAAAAUCGGGGCAUUUGGUCGGGAGAUGUUGAAGAGGAACAUCGGCACGGUGGUGGUCGGCUUCCCGGCGACACCCAUCAUCGAGUCGAGGGCACGUUUCUGCAUUUCAGCUGCUCAUACCAGAGAGAUGCUUGACACUGCAUUGGAAGCCAUCAGUGAAGUGGGGGACCUGCUGCAGCUGAAGUACUCCAGACGUGAACCAUCACUUCCCUCUCUGGGGUGGAUGUCUGAGGAGAGCCUGCUGCAGGACUGAGCCACAUCAUCCUCUCCCUGUCAUAUCCAGCCCUCCUCCCAAUUCACUUUCCCUCCCUCACAUUACCUUUUCUUGUCCAAUAUCCCUCAUUUUCCUCUGAGCCAGUCGCUCCACCCAGACGUCUCAAUAUCUCUUCACAUCAGACUCCAGAGGACGCACCAGAACCAAAGUCUUCACCCUGGUCCAUCCCAUUUUAAAACCUGCACACUAGCAUCGCUCAUCAGCCUGUGUGCAGUCUGUGACCUGUCCAGUUUCUUCACCCCUAACAGGGGAGGACCAAAUUCACCCACAUCUUUCUGUGUCUGUUGUUACAACAAUGCGUUCAGAGCCUUUCAGUUUGUCCUAACUUAUUGUGACUCCAUCGGUCUAACGUCAAGUCUUAUUCUUGUGUGCACAUUGAAUGUGUAUUUUAUUUGUGCAAUAAUAACAACAACGUGGAGUUUCUUUGUCAAACAACCUAGAGCAAAGUAGAGUGAUUUUUGCCAUGAGUUCCUACUUGUGCACUUGGAGAAAAAGAAAUCUGAUCAUAGCCUUUGCUGUGAUGCACUCAAGAGGAAAAAAUUAUAUAUGUAAAUAUUAUUUAUCCCGAAGUUGGUAAAAACUGCCUUAGGGUAGCAUCCCAAACCUCAAAGAGAGAUAGAUUAUUUCACAGGAGUAACAUAAGCAUGUGUUCUCCAUAUGUAUUUAUCUGAUGGCUUUUUUCCUAAUCACUUUUACUUGAAUAGAGAGUACAGAAUAUCGGGUUCUUUCCCCCACCAAAGGAUAUAUAUAUGUAUAGAUAUAUUUUCUACCUUUUUCUUUUAAAAUGCAAAGCAGAUGUUCCAAAAGAAAACAUUUAACAGGGGAAGAAUCCCAGGGAGCAAGACUAAGGAUUAUUUUUUACUGCUUAUUUUCUAGAAAUAUUUUCCAGCCUUAUUUACUGUUUACACCUGCACUCAAAAACUUGAGCCCAGUGUCUUUAACAUUUCUAUAAGCUAAUGAGCUACAUGUGUUCUUCUCCGUUCAGUCAUUCUCACUCAAGUGCUUUCAUGCGAAUCAGCGUAGACACCCAUUUCUGAGCACGAUGACACGCUGUAACUUAGAUCUGUAUGUAUGACGAUGUUCACGCUUAUCUGAUAUACAGACUGCUUUAUUUAUUUAAAAUGUCUUUGUCAUCCUUCAGCUAUCUUUUAUUUUUGUGAGAAAUGUACCUAUUACCUGAAAGGCAGCUCCAAAUGUGUCCCAGUGGAAGGUGUGUAUUUUAACUGACUACUUACACGUCUUACACGUCUUAACUUCAGUGCAGCACUACUGACAGGCAUUAUAAAUGCACAGAUGACGUAGUCACUGAAAACUGCAAGAUUUGUUGAGGUAUGCUUCAAAUGUAACCGUUUUUUCUCAUAAUUUAUCAUCUUCUGGAAUGACAUUCCAUAUCAAAUUGCUUUCAUUGUCAAGUGUUUUGUGUUAUUGUUGUUGUCUGACUUUUCUGUGUGAGGUCACCCCCAAACACGGCACACAUGCCACUGUCAAACAUCCUGUUAAUGUGUGUGUUCAUGUUCUGUCACUUUAUUGAUGUGAAUCGGAGGGUGCAUCAGUGUAGCCAGUCUGAAAGCUGGCGAUUGCCUGGCAAUGUGACCAUUCCUACACAUGUUCAUCAAAGUGAUUUAGACUAAACACAAAUUUAGAGAUGCUUUUGUUGAUGUUUAUGGCAUUUUAGCACAGCAUGCCAGGAUUUUGGGGUCUCUUAACUGUAAAUCCUUUAGACAUUAGGUGCAUUUUUGUGUGAGUCAUUCCAAUAUUGUUUUUUUUUUUUUUUUUCCACAGAAAAUGGCUUGAAUAACGACUCAGUGAUGCAUUUGCUUUUAAUAAAUAUAAUAUAAAAGGUGGAACACAUGACUAUGAUCUGGAAUUGCACUCUUCAUAAAUGUGCUCUGACAUAAAGAAUUUCUUCUUGUCAGAGUUUCCUCUCAAGCUGUCUGCAGCACCCAUGCAGUAUGUUAAGUCUCUACGUUUUUGUCUAUGGAGGCAAAAAUGUAAUUGCAAACAGCAACGUGACUGUUUGUCUCAGCCAGGUUUCCCUCUCUGAAACUAAGGAAUUAAAGUCCAGAGAGAUUAUUCAUACGCAAAGUUGCUCGCAGCUCUUUGAUGUAAUCUGACAUUUCCCAGCCUACCUACCGCAAAUACCUGAAAACUGACCUGCAGUGGCCAUUGGAAACCUAUCAGUUGCUUUUGCCCUUGGAGUUGUAUUUGGGUUGAAGAUAAACCACUUAGAGGAGUUUGUAAAGCCAUGAUGUUUGUUGACCAUGCUGUUGAAAACAGUGCUGCAAAGAUUAAAUCACUUUCUUAGUAUCAA